AAAAAUGAAUUCAAGAACUCUUAUUUUGUUGUUCAUUUUUGCAUUUUUUGGUAUUUUAACAUUAAUACCAUCAAUCAACGCCAGAAGAGAUUGUCCUAAUCCAGCACCUUUUUGCGGUGGAACCGAGGUGUGCAUCUUUAAUCAGAAUACCCAAGAAUGCACUUGUUCUUGUUGUAACGAUGAAGGAUUAAAUUGCAAACAAAAUUUCCCUAAACCUUGAUUUUUAAUGUUUAUUUUAUAUCAUAGUAUUAU